UGAUUUGCUUGCUAACCAAAAAUUAUCAUUAUCAAUGUUUCAAAUUGAUAAGCCUACUGUGAUAAAUAAUUUUUUACAUAAUUACUAAUUAAAAAGCAAAACAAAACAAAAUGCUUAAUAUAGUUGGCCUUGUAAUAAUACUGUUAAUUAAUUUAUAGUUAGUGUAAGUAUACUAACGCAGUUAUUCUUAAUAACAAUGUUUAAGUUUAAAUUUAAAAUUAAUAUUUAUUGUUACAUUUUUUUGUAUAAGUUAUUAAAUUUUUAAAAAAGUAUUUUUAUUUAUGUUAAAUCAUAAUAUUUUUUAGUUGCACAAAGUAAUAGUUUGGUUUUAUUACAAAAUAAAAAGAUAUGAAUAAAGAAAGAAAAUAUUUAUGCUUGUGGAUUUUCUAUAUUUAUGUUACUAUAAUUCAGUGUGAUGAGUUAGCUUCUUGUUAUAAUCAACCGCCUGAAUCAUGUCCGAAUAAUCAAUGUAAAUGUAUACUAACAGAUGAAUCAUCUAUAUUUUGCUGUCGGACUCGUUCAUAUGAUGAUUUAUUUAGAAAUAUUAUGUGUUCUGGUAACAAUACAAGUACUAAAUUACCAGCCAUUAAAGCGCUACAUAUUUAUAAUAUGACUGCUGAUCGGUUUGAUUUUGGUAAAUUUUCCAAUCAGUUGAAUCAUUUAAUAUCUUUAUCUAUUACAAGUAGUUCUGUUAAUCGAUUAUUUGGUCGACUGGAGCAUACCCAUCAAAUUACUUGCCUUAACUUCUCAAACAAUGCUUUUGGUACAGAGUGGCCAUUGAAUGAACUUCAAGUGUUAGAAAACCUUAAAACUUUGGCCAUGUUAGACUUCUCACAUACUAAUAUAUCAAAACUGCCAAUCAUAAAAAAUGAAGUGCCAAAAUUUUGGAUUGAUCUAUCAUAUAAUAACAACACUCAAUGUGAUAGCUUACUUGAACUAAUGGGAAGUGUUAAAAGUUCUCAAAAUAAGCAGCUAUUGUUUAAAAAUACUAACGAUACUUUUUGUAAUACAACUUUGUCAUUUAAUUGGUUUAACUCUACAGAAAUACUUGCAUUUGACCAAAUAAAAAUUAUUGACAAGUUAAAUACACAAUGUCCCAGUGGAUGUAAAUGUAAAUGGCAUGGUUAUGAAAUGAUAUCAGAUAAAAAUGUAUUGAAUACUGUGGAAGUAGAUUGUUCCAACAAUAAACUUUCUUAUUUACCAAUCAAUUUACCAGAGAAUACUGUGGUUUUAAACGUAACAAAUAAUAAUAUAACUAAUAUUGAUGCAUUAGUUCUGGUUGAUUCGUAUAAAGAUUUAAGAUUUUUCUAUGCAGACAAAAAUAAAGUGUCAUCAAUUCUAGCAUUGGAAGGCUCACGAUUCAUGGAUAACUAUGCUGUAUUAAGUUUAAAAUCAAAUCAAUUGAAAUCAAUACCAAUGUAUAUACUAGAAAAUUCAUUUACUAGAAGUUUUGAAGGUCAUUUAGUAAAUUUGGGUGGUAAUCAACUUUAUUGUGAUUGUAGUACAGCUCAAUAUUUAAAAGUUUGGUUAGAAGCUAAUCAUAAACAUAUUCCAGAUUACAGGGAAAUUCAAUGUGAAAAUUUACGCUAUAAAGUAGUGGAUUUGGAUUGUGAAAUAGUGUGUGUUACUCAAACUGACUGGACAGAUUAUAUGUAUUAUGUUAUUGCAGCAGAAAUUUCUGCUUUAUUGUUAUUAAUUGGUAAAGUGUCAUAUGAUUAUUAUGUAUUUAAAACGGCUGGUUACUUACCUUGGCCUGCUUCAAAAAUGCCUAAGCUUCCAUGCGAUUGGGUUUUUGAAUAAUAUAUAUUUUUAAAUCAUAUAAUAAUUAUUAGAUUUUAUAGUAAUAGUGUUAUAUUUAUCACUAUUUAAAUUAUAUGAAGACUGUAUUAAAAGCUUGAAAUCUAAGCACAAAUUACAAAAAACAUUUUAUUAAGUUUGAAUUUUUUUUUAACUUUUGUUUUAACAUUCUUGUUGACAUAAGAGUCUAAAAUAAAUUUAUGUUAAUUUAAUUAAAAAUUUAAUUAAAUAUUAUCUAGUCACAUAUUUAGAGAUAAAUGUUUAAAACAUCAUGGUAUAUAUAAAUAUUCCAUGUCAUGGUGUUAACUUAUCACUAACUUUAUUUUAAUGCCUCAACAAUGGCUCAAAAUAAAUCAUUAAGAGCUUUAAAAUUUAUGCUUACAUUACCUGUAUGCUAUAAUUAUUAAGUUACCAUUUGUGCCUCAAGGAACAUGCAGACUUUAAAUUUUGUUAAUAAUUUUAAAUCAGUUUAUACCCAAAUAUACUAGUGAAAUAAGAUAAAUUAACAAUUUUUUUAUUUUUAUGAUGAAUUUUUUAUAUUAUUAUGUUGUUUAUUCUUGAGAUCUAAUUUUGUUGUAUCAUUAUUAUAUGUACUGUGAUUCUUUCCAUUUGUUUUUUUUUUUUUGUAUAUUUAUAU